AUGAGCAAGAUUAGCAGAAAAAGGACAAAGUACAACAAGUAAUUUGUUUAGAUAUUUUGAAGAAAGAGUUUUAUGGACCUAUCGAAACUAGAGAGUGUGUGAAAAAUAAUAUUUGAAUUAUGAAGAUUGUAUAAAGAAAUAAGCAAUCUUCGAAAUCAAAGGUGAUCCUUAAUCCGUUUGCUUGGAUCCAAAAAUCAAAGCAAUGAAUGAAUUUAUUCAAAAUAUACAAAAUGACAGGCUUUAAUGUCUAUAUAACUAACGAUUUAUUGUAUUCUCAAUUAACUUUGUCAUAUUAAUGAUCAAAACAUAUAGUCUAAAUUUAUGA